UAUUUGGUUGAACAGGGCGCCAACCUGGAGGUUUGUACAGCCGACAACGAACGGCCCAUAGAUCUGGUCGACCCUGCCGAUCUGGACGUCGUGUCGUACAUGCUGAAAAUGCAAAUGUCGUCAAGUCGCAGCGGCAGGCAAGACAGUCAUUCGCGGCGGAGCGAGGCAACCGGGUCGAGCCGGGAGGCCGGACGGAUGCAGGCAUGUGACGACGUAAAAAGAUGUGGCAGUGGAAAUGCAAAAGGAAACAACAGGCUGAAAGAUGAGGAGGCGGAAGGAAAAGAGGGAGAAGGGGACUUUGAGAAGGAGGACAAGCGCACAAAUAAAGCAGAAGAGACACAUCAAGAGGCAUGCCCCAGUGCUCCUUCGGACGAGCCAGACGCAAGAGACUCAGCGCCCGAUCGGCAUUUGGCAGGUUCGAGGGACGCACAGCCUCCGGUCGGCACAGCGCCAAGUCCGAAACAGGCGCCAUCAGCUGACGAAGAUGUGUCGAAACCGGCGGUUCAACAAUCCUUGGUCAAGAAGAGCUGA